GAGACACCCGCCUAUCAGAAGUUCAAGCACGACGAUAGACUGCCCGAGGGGAGGGCUGAACUGUUCGAACUUUUAGCCUCAGGAAUGCUCAUUUCAUCCUCGAAACUUUCAGUUUGCUGACGAUGAGUACAGACAGCAGAAAGAAGUUCAUUUUAACAACCGUCGCAAACUACUUUGAGGUCAGUCCAUCAGACAAAAAUAUAGAAGCGUUGGAAAACAGUGCCGAGCUCAACACAUUUCUCGAUGAUGGAAACUGUUUCGUGCUGAUAGCAUGCGGGGAAAGCAAAGACGGUAAGAAUGCAGUUCAUCUGAGCAACAAAAUAGACGUGGGAAAAAAUGACGAAAAAGUGUUGGUCUUCUUUAAGAUCAAACCAGAAGCCAUCACUCCAGACAAUUUACACACGAAUGUCUUCAUGUCAUCGAUGCUGGACUCUCCAAUAAGUGCGCUGUUUUAUACCCUUCAAAAGGUGUACUCACCAGCGCUCCUGCAAAACGAAGAAUGGAGCGGAAAGGUGGACCCAAAACUACAGGAUCUCAUAUCUAAUUUGCAGUCGGGAUUGGGAAGCAUUAUCAGGCGUUCCGAUUCUAAACAAAGGAAGGGCGCCGAUGACUCCAUGAGUACCAUUUUCACACCAUCUGACGAGUAUGAAUAUUGGCUGGAGAUGUCCAACACUGGGGACCGAUCUGGAUCGGUGUUUGCAAGUCUGCUGAGACCACUAGAUUUGGCUUUCAAGAAGCUGGAGUCAAUGAGCAUCGGAGAAAGUGAAGACGUCGUCGAAGAAGCAUUCAAUGCCUUGGAUGACCUGUGGAAAGCAGAUGAGGCAGAGUAUCCCGAAGCGCGGAUGAAGCUGAUGAUGGACGUGGUUGGAAACACGCUGUGUCGAUUCAUUCAGAUGCGGUUGUCUGACGCAGACUUGUGGCGAGGUUCGUACAACCAGGUGGAAGAGCCCCUGAAUCAAGCCGUGACCGUCCUCGAACAGUGGAUCGAAAAUUGCAACCGGCUGACAACCGUGUUCUGGCCCAACUUCUCCCCGCACAAAUGGAAGAGCCCCGCCUUCGUACCCGAACAUGCCAAAAGCAUGGUGCAGCGACUCAACGAAGUGAUGAACCUUCGCAUGCUGCACAAGCAGCUGACCAAACUGCUUUCCACGGCCGAGCAAGAUGAACUGAAGACAAAAGAUGCCUUCGCGCCCUUCUCUGGACUUAACCCUCUGCAGUACAACCCAUACACGGAGCCACUAUGGAAAGCAGCUGUGCAACAGUUCCAAAACUUGCUGAAGCCAGCAGAGCAGAAAAUUGCCGGAAAACUUCGCAUGCAGCUGCGUAACAUGCAAGGCAACGCCCUGCAACUCAUGCAAGAGUUCAAGCGCUAUCGUGAACUUAUCAAAGAGGAAAGCAUUCGGAAGGAGCUCAUAGCAGAGCGCGAGAUGUUAUUAGGUCAACUGCUGGAGUAUGUAAAAACAACACAACAAAACUUUCGUAGUCAACAAGGAUCAGGACCACGCAGAAUACUUGAUGUACCUCAAGUGGUGAACAACAUCUACUGGGCUCGACAUAUAGAGUCGAAAGCUAAGGACAUCGAGAAGACCGGUGAAGCAAUCCUAUCCGAUCUAGAUGGGUACAGUGGCCUGAAAAAGGACACAAGUCACCUCUUAGACGAGUUGCAAGAAUAUCACCGAGAGCAGUUUGAUUCGUGGAGCAAAGACACUAUGGAAAUGAUCAAAGACAAGACACUCAGUCUGGCAACUGAAGAGCAAGUCGUUGAGUUUGAGAAAGGCAAACACAUGAGAGUAAACUACAAUCGUCGGUUGGUAGGACUCAUUAGAGAAGUAAGACAGCUGAUCGUUCUCGGCUACACUAUUCCAUCAAGAAUCAUUGAAGCCACUAACCUAGCCAAAAAAUUCAUGACACAAGCAAAGGCACUGGAACAGGUCGCAAACUUUCACAACACUAUCGGUGAUCGCAUCAUCAAAUCACAACGUCCAAUGAUGCUGGAGGCGGCGAUGUCAUUCGCUCAGCUAGUUCAGAAGCAGCAGGGCAUCACAUGGAAUAACACGCAAGCAGUGGACGAGUACAUUGUGAAACUGCAAACUGCUGUUGAGAGGCUGUCAAGGGACAACAACCGACUUGUCACGUCCCACAACCAAAUCAAGGACAAAGUGCUCCUAAUGAUGGACACGGAUCUUCUGCGGCAACAACAGAAGUGGAAAGACUUGCUCAGAGAAAUAAGGAACAUUUUUCAGCAGCUUGAGUCGGCUGGGUUCAAAGAUCAGAAGACAUGGCGGGCCCACUGGGACAGACAGAUAUACAAAGCCCUCGAGCACCAGUACCAGCACGGCCUUGAGGUAGUGAACCAGCAUCUCCCGGAACUGAAAGUCGAACUUGUCUACAGAAACAGAAAAUUACAGUUCUCACCGCCCAUUGAAGAAAUUCGCUUGAAGUACUACAGCCAGCUGAAGCGUUUUCUGAACAUCCCGAACAACUUUCGUGGAGUAGGGGAAGGCGGAUCGGAGGCCAGCAUCUACCCAAUCAUCAUCGAGAGGAAUGCUUUCCGAUACAACAAACUGUUUCAAGCCGCCGAGGAGCUUUUCCAGCGCUUGGAGUCCGUGAAGGAUAAAUUUGAAGACUGGGUCGCGCUCGGGUCUGUGGACAUGGAUGACCUCAUCCAGAAGCGCUGCAAAACGUCCGAAGACUAUGACAAGAACUUCAGGGCAUCAAAGAGCAAAGGUCAAGAAAUUGGCAGACUUCCAAGUACUGAGGAGAAGAUAGAUUGCAUCACUGUUAGUUUCUCUGCCAUUAGAUCUGAAAUCGAAAUCAUCAACAGGCGGUACUGGGACGCGCUGGUUUCGCUGCUCCAGCACAGCAUCAUCAGAGACUGUCAUGCCUUAAACAGGUUCGCAACAGAGUCUUCAGAAGGACUGAAAAGACAACCACAGACGAUCGAGGAAGUUGGAGAGUCGGCAGCUAGAAGAAAUGAAAUCGUCGCCGAAAUGCCAGAAUAUGACAAUCUCAUGAAAGACGUGGAGAAAAGGAACAAGAUGCUGGCAAAUUGGACAAAAGACAAGGUUGACCAAGUGUCCAAGGUAACAUCAAAAUGGGAUAACUUCCAGAGCCUUGUUACGAACUAUGACGCAUUGAUGUCAAAGCAAAUCGAAGGUCUGAAGUCCAGCAUGAAAUCGCAGGUGAAAAAUCACCUCAAGGACGUGGAGAGAUUCGCUGCCAAGUGGUAUCAGUUCAAGCCCAAAGAUGACAUAUUUGACCACGAUACAGACGAAAUCCUAAAAGGCCUUGCAAUUGUCAAAGAAAAGAAGCGUGAGUGGGACGUUCUGGUCGAGGAACGAGAGAAGCUGAUGGCAGGCUUCGAACAAUUUGGAAUGGAAAAACCAGACAUGAGCGAGGCUGAAAAGGUGGAAAAAGACUUGUUCGAAGCAGAAGCUUCUUUUUCACUCUUCGAGGAGUAUCACAACGGCAUGAACGACAUGCUGAAGGAGGAGUGGAUUGUUUUCAGGAGCAAGUUGUACCGCUUUGAAGAAUACCUGGGUCAGUGGAACGACAAACUUCAAGAAGAGCAGAAAAACCCCUUGGCUGUAAAGCUACUGAAGGAAAUAGAAAAAGAUUAUGAUCUUGUCCCAGCUAUGAAGUUUGUCCGAGGAGAUGCCUUCAGCGAGAAACAUUGGAGCGAAAUGUACAACAUUCUAGGCAUUCCUACGUCUCUUGGCAUCGAUAAACUGACAUUUGGCGACCUUAUGCGUGUGAAGUCCAAAAUUCUGGACAACAAAGAAACUCUGAAAGAGCUCAAUAGCAGAGCAACGGGAGAAGUAGCCAUACGUCAAGCCCUACAGGAGCUAGAUGCGUGGGAGAUUGAGGCCAAGUUUAGUCUGGUCGAACAAACUGACUCAGGAAACAGACCCAUCAAACUGAUCAAAGACUGGAAAGAGCUCCUGAACAAGGUCGGCGAUCUUCAGUGUCUUCUUCAGUCGCUGAAAGACUCUCCAUACUACCAAGCGUUUUUGGAUCGUGCUGGAAUCUGGGAGCGCCGACUAGCAGACUUGGAUGAAUACCUGGCCAACCUGAAUCAGAUUCAGAGGAAGUGGGUGUACCUGGAGCCCAUCUUUGGAAGGGGUGCCCUACCCAACGAGCAACCGCGCUUUAAGCGUAUCAAUGAUGACUUCAGGGCAAUAAUGGGUGAUGUGGAGAAGGACCCGCGGGUUGUUUCUCUUUGCAAGAUAUCCGGACUCAGAGACAUACUGGUCACCAUGAUGGACCAGCUAAGCAGGUGUCAGAAAAGCCUGAGCGAAUUCCUGGAGGAAAAACGGUCUCAGUUCCCUCGUUUUUAUUUCAUCGGUGACGACGAUCUUCUCGAAAUUCUGGGACAAGCAACAAACCCCACAAUUAUCCAGUCUCACCUGAAGAAGCUAUUCGCUGGGAUAUACAGAGUGGACUUUGACGACAGCAACUCCAAAAUUAUUGCGAUGAAGUCUCUUCAAGGUGAAACGGUCAAGCUGAAGAAACCAGUGCAAAUCACCAAGAACGUAGAGGGCUGGCUACAGGAACUAGCAAACGAAAUGAAAAGCACAUUGACAGCUCUGCUUGUAGAGUGUUUGCAAGACGCGCAUGGAAAAGGACCAGACCCACUCGCAUAUCCAAGUCAGAUCCUGUGUCUGUCAGAAAGCAUUAUGUUCACUGAAAGGUGUGAAAAGGCUAUCGAAAAAGGGACCCUAAAAGAAGCUCUAACGGAACUCAGGGCUCAGUUAGAGAGCUACACAAACCAAGAUAUUGACACCAGUGACGAUGAAGGAAAAGUGCUCCAGCUGAAACUGAAAUCAUUGAUAUUAGAUACCAUCCACAAUGUCGCAGUAGUGGAGGAACUCAUCGCGUCAUCCGUCAAAGCACUCGAUCACUGGAUGUGGCAAAAGCAGCUGAGAUAUUACAUGAAGAAAGAUGUCGCUGUAAUGCGGAUGGUGGAUGCCGAAUUCGAGUACACCUACGAGUAUCAAGGCAACGCCCCAAAGCUCGUCCAUACACCGCUCACCGACAAAUGCUAUCUUACGCUCACUCAGGCCAUGCACAUGGGAAUGGGAGGAAACCCAUAUGGCCCUGCCGGUACCGGGAAGACAGAAUCAGUGAAGGCUCUCGGGAACUUGUUUGGACGACAGGUGCUGGUGUUCAACUGCGACGAAGGCAUUGACGUACAGUCCAUGGGUCGCAUUUUCAUAGGCCUGGUGAAGUGCGGAGCAUGGGGAUGCUUCGACGAGUUCAAUCGUCUGGAUGAGGCAGUGUUGUCAGCCGUCUCCAUGCAGAUCCAAGUGAUACAGGCCGCGCUGAAAAACAAGGAGCCCCGUAUCAAGCUCCUGGGAAAUGACCUCGGGAUCGACUACAACUCCGGCAUUUUCAUUACGAUGAAUCCCGCUGGCAAGGGUUACGGUGGGCGCUCAAAACUACCAGACAACCUGAAGCAACUGUUCAGACCGGUGGCAAUGACUACACCCAAUAACGAGCUUAUCACAGAGACCAUUUUGUACUCUGAAGGCUUCAAGCAUGCGAAGACUCUGGGCAAAAAGCUCACCGCUGUAUUCAAUUUGUCGAGACAGCUUCUGUCUGCUCAGCAGCAUUACGACUGGGGCUUGCGGGCGCUGAAAACUGUUCUGGGAGGAUGUGGCAACCUUCUGUCGCUACACAAGGCGUCAUUGGAGGACGGUGCUCAGGUAGACGAAAAGACGGAGGCGAAACUUAUCGUACAAGCGGCCAGAUUCAACACCAUGUCCAAGCUGACAUUCGCAGACACAAAUCGUUUCGAUUCUCUUAUCAACGAUGUCUUCAUCGAUGUCAAAGUUGAUGACGUUAGCUACGAAGAGCUUGUAAAUGCCAUCAAGGAGACACUGAAAGAGUUGGGUCUGAUGGAGAGUCAAACUCAAAUCAAGAAGGCGAUUGAGCUCUAUGAACAGCUGAACCAACGAAUGGGCUGUGUUGUCGUGGGUCCAAGUGGCUGCGGAAAAAGCACAUUAUGGAAAGUGCUUCGACUGGCUAUGAUCAAAACUGGCCGGACAGUGAAGAUUCACACCAUGAAUCCCAAGGCCAUGCCCCGCACUCAACUUCUCGGGCACAUUGACAUGGACACACGAGAGUGGUUCGACGGCGUUUUGACCAACAGCGCCCGUCAGGUUGUGAAGGAGCCGAAAGAGGUUCAAUCUUGGAUCAUCUGUGACGGUGACAUAGAUCCGGAGUGGAUCGAGUCACUCAACUCUGUGCUCGACGACAACCGCCUGCUUACGAUGCCGUCCGGAGAGCGCAUCCAGUUCGCUCCAAACGUCAACUUCCUGUUCGAAACACAUGAUCUCAGCUGUGCUUCACCUGCGACAAUAUCUCGAAUGGGCAUGAUUUUCUUGAGCGACGAAAACACUGAUGUUGAUGCUGUCGUCUCAGCAUGGGUAGCUCGACAGCCGGAAGAACGCCAGAAAGUGGUGGGUCAACUCGUAGAGGACCACUUCCACAACGCUGUUGAGUGGGUUUUAGAUGCCGACGCAUUUGAAACAGAUACAACCCUCAUUGGCACUGUGAUGAAUGGUCUAUCGCACUUGUCCAACGCAAAGACCAAAACCGGUUUUGCUGUGUCCCUCGUGUAUGGUUUAGGCGGAAACCUGAAGAAGGAAGCAAGAGCCAAAUUCGCUACCGAGGUCUUUGGGUGGUUGGGUGAGUCUCCUCCAGACCCACACAAUCCCCUCAACUUCCACUACAAUGAGCGAAGAGAUAGAAUGGAGGCGUAUGGCAUGGGCGAACAGGCCAAAGUGACUGUCGAAGCCCUGUUCUCGUCCAGCCCGCCGCUGAUUUUGACACCAGACAUUCAGAGAACGCUGGAUUACUUUAGGCCGUGGCUACAAGGAGAACAGCGUGAACCUUUCCUCAUGGUAGGACCAGAGGGGAGUGGAAAAACUCAGAUGCUAUACGAGUGCUUCAAGAAAAUGAAAUCCACCCAGGUGGCUACAGUCCACUGUAGUGCGCAGACAACACCGCAGCACGUCCUCCAAAAGCUGACACAAAUGUGCAUACAGAUCACGACAAACACCGGAAGAGUCUACCGACCGAAGGAAACUGAGUGGCUUGUGCUAUACCUGAAGGACAUCAAUCUCCCAAAGCCAGACAAAUGGGGAACAUGUCAGCUCAUCGCUUUUCUUCAGCAAGUCGUCACGUACAAAGGUUUCUGGGACCAAAGCCUUGAGUGGGUGGGACUGGAAAACGUCCAAAUCGUGGGAAGCAUGAUCGGUGGCAAGGCCCUCGGAAAGCAUGAACUGUCGACUCGGUUCACGUCCAUUAUUCGCCUUCUCUCUGUGGACUACCCUGACAUGGAUCAGAUGCAGAACAUCUACGCCUUGUACUUGAAGCCCAUCCUGCAAGGCAUGUCUGGUGGGGUUGGUGAAGCUCUCUCGGCAAAGACAGGGCAGCUGGCUGAGUCAACCCUGAAGGUGUUUCAGCAGCUGCAAACUUCGUUCAGCGCAGAUGACCACAGUCACUAUGUCUUCUCGAUGCGCAACCUCACAGACUGGCUUCUUGGACUCAUCCGGUACGAUAUCGACGAAGGAAACGCUGUUGAGGAAAUGCUGGAAGUUUGGGCAUACGAGGCCUGUCGCAUGUUCAGAGAUCGGCUUGUCACCGAUGUUGACCAAUCGAAGUUCGACAAAAUCAUCUUCGAUGUGAUUUCGACCGACUGGGGCAUCAACCUCCACGGUCAUCUUGACGCAAAGUUUUUCGUGACACCAGGAGCCCGAUCCACAUCUCAAACUGGGGUCGGUCGCUCCUUGCCCAUCACUGGUAAACACCUGGGCAGCCUGGAACCAGACGACUGGCAGGCGUGCAUCGUAAAAGGUGCCAACCAGUUCGUAGCUGAGCAUUACGACCUGGAUAUGUUCGUGUUUCGUGAAGUGCUUGAGAACAUCGCCAGGGUCGAGCGAGUGCUCUCAUUUCCAGGAGGAUCCUUGUUGAUGGCUGGCCGUUCCGGAGUAGGCCGUAGAACAUCCGUCGGUAUUGCUGCCUGCAUGUUGGGAGCGACUCUAGUGUCGCCGAAGAUGGGCAAGGGAUACGGCGUGAAGCAGUUCCGCACCGAUCUCAAGGCUUACAUGCAGAUGGCUGCCAUCGAAAACCAGCAAGUGGUUUUCAUCUUGGAGGAUCAUCAGGUAACCGAUUCGUCGUUCCUGGAGAUGGUGAAUUCUCUGCUGAGUGCAGGAGAGAUCCCGGGUCUUUUUGCACCCGAAGAAAUCGAACCGAUGGUCGCUCCACUCCGCGACGACGCAUCCCAAGAGGGAUUCAGAGGUCCUCUGUUCUCUUUCUUCUCAUCGCGUGUGAAGAAAAACCUGCAUGUGGCUGUGAUCAUGGACUACACAAAUCCCUCGUUCACGGUGAACUGUCAGAGCAACCCUGCCCUGAUCAAGCAGUGCAAUGUCAUGUGGAUGAGCAAGUGGAGUAAGGAGAGCAUGUGCUCCCUGCCAAUGAUGGUCAUCACUAAGAGCAAGGACUCGGGGGACGCAGCAGGAGUCUUCACACAAGAGAAAAAGAAGAAAAAGGACAAGAGAGAAAGACGAGUUUCAGGCGGAGAUUCCCUGCUAAAUGGAUUCCUCUCCAUCCACCAGUCCAUGCCAAGCAACGCUGCGACACCGAGAAAGUAUAUGCAGCUGAUGAAAACAUACCUGAAAGUGUACAAACACAAGAAGCAGAUGAUUCUCGACAGGCAGCAGCACUUGAAAGGUGGUGUCGACAAACUGAACGAAGCAACAACAGUUGUGGACAAGCUGAAAAAGGAGGCUGGAGAACAGGAGGUCAAACUAAACCAAAAGCAGGAGGAAGCAAACAAAGCACUCAAGAUGAUUACCAACACCAUGAAGUCAGCAAGUAAACAAAAGGAGGAAAUGGAGGUUCUGAAAGACAAAGCAGAGAAAGAAAGUGUCAAAAUGCAAAAGCGGAAAGAAGGCAUCGACAAAGAGCUGGCAGAAGUGGAACCCGUUCUGGCAGAAGCCCGAAAAGCAGUUGGAAACAUCAAAUCCGAGUCUCUUUCCGAGGUCAGGUCACUUCGAGCACCACCAGAUGUCAUCCGUGACAUUCUAGAGGGAGUGAUGGGACUCUUGGGCAUAGCUGAUACUUCAUGGAACAGCAUGAAAAGCUUCUUGGCACAAAGAGGGAUAAAGGAGGACAUCAUGAAAUUUGAUGCCCACAGCAUCUCUGUAUCACAACGAAAGAAGGUAGAAAAGCUGCUGAAGGAAAGAGGAAAAAGUUAUGACCCAGCAAAUGCCAAGCGAGCGUCCCAGGCAGCAGCGCCGUUAGCAUCAUGGGUGAAGGCUAAUGUCACUUAUGCAGUGAUUCUGGAAAAGAUCAAACCACUGGAAGACGAACAAAACGCCCUGCAAAAGAACAUUGACGAAGCUCAAGAGGCGAUGGAUCGACUUGGGGAUGAUCUCGGGAAUGUUGAAAAGCACGUUCAGGGGCUCACGGAGCAGUUGAACAAGUCGACCAAGGAAGCUGCUUCAAUUGAAGUCGGCUUGACCAAGGCCAAAGAAACGUUGACAGCGGCCGAAAAUUUGGUUGGACAGUUGUCUGGGGAAUAUGACAGGUGGACAAAACAGUUGGAUGAGCUGCAACACGAGUUGGAGACGCUGCCUCUCAGGUCACUUCUAGCUGCGUCUUUCAUCAACUAUCUAUCGGAUGCAUCUGAGGACGUGCGCACGUCUAAGACGCAGCAGUGGUGCGAGCUCCUCGGCCUGGAGAAGUUUCAAUUCCGUGGUCAUAUGAGCACUGAAAGAGAAAUGCUGACAUGGAAAGGCGAGGGUCUACCAUCUGACGACCUGAGUGUGGAAAACGGCGUCGUUGUCAUGCACAGUGGAACAGUCACUUUCCUCAUUGACCCAUCAUCGCGUGCCAUCGAGUGGCUGAAAACCCAUCUGAAAGAUUCAGGAGGAGUAGAGGCAGUCACACAGCAAGAUGAGAAGUUUUCAACACAGCUGGAAAUGGCUGUGCGAUUCGGCAAAACGCUGAUCAUACAGGAAGUUGACCACUUCGAGCCGGUGUUGUUCCCACUGAUGAGACAAAAUGUGUCUACACAGGGCACGAGACAAACCAUUCAGGUGGGCGACAAAAUGCUGGACUAUAACGAGAACUUUAGACUGUUCCUCGCCACAAGAAAUCCAGAACCAAGCAUUCCACCAGAUUGUGCGAGCAUCCUGACCACCGUCAACUUCAUCACAACCAGAGCUGGACUGACAGGUCAGCUAUUGGCGCUGACGCUGCAGUCUGAAAAGCCUGAACUGGAGGUGAAGAGAAGAGAACUUUUGAAACAGGAGGAGGACAACAAAAUCAAACUGUCUCAGUUGGAAGACAAGCUUCUAGUGGAGUUGGCAAGUGCCAAAGGUAACAUCCUGGAGAACAAAGAACUUCUGGCCUCUCUGAACGAGUCAAAAACAUCUUCGUCGAAGAUCGCAACUUCCAUCAAAGAAGGACAAAAAAUCCAGGAAACCCUCGGAAAAGAGCGCGACGCAUAUCUUCCACUCGCAGAGAGUGGCUCCCAGUUGUACUUCAUAGUCACGGAUCUCUGCAAGAUCAACAACAUGUACCACUUUUCCCUGUCUUCGUUCAUGGACCUGUUUUCACAGGCCUUUCAGGUAAAAAGCGAUGGAGUCGAUACUGGCAUGCGUAUCACCACUCUCAAACGAGCGGCCACUGAUGCAGUGUAUACAAACACAUGCCGAUCUCUAUUCAAAGCCGAUCGACUGAUGUUUGCGCUGCAUUGUGUGCACGGAAUGAAUCCAAAGAUGUUCCAGGCUAACGAAUGGGAGGCGUUCACAGGGCAGCUGCUGUCCGACGUCAAAACUGACGCAGAAACUCUGCGAAAGCAGAUGCCAUCAUGGGUGACUGAAGAUCGAGCUCUGGCUGUGUCCUUGUUGAAGUCCAACCUCCCGAAACUCUGGGAAGUGCUGAAACUCGAGGACAGUAAUGCGUGGGCAGGUUUCGCUACUAGCCCCGAGUGUGAGCGCAACCUCCCUGCACAUCUGAAUGACAAGCUUACGCAAUUCCAAAAGCUGCUGGUAGUGCAAGCACUUCGACCUGACAGACUGCAGACGGCCAUGAUUGAGUUUGCCUCCUCGGUGAUGGGGCAUGACCUGUCUCCACCUCCCCUCGAUCUUCGAGAGCUACUGACGGAAACAACUGCAUCAACACCGGUGCUCAUCCUCAUCUCUCCCGGAUCCGAUCCUUCAGAAGAGUUACAAGAACUCGCAAAGAACAAAGUGGGACUCGACAAGUUCUCCGAGGUGGCCAUGGGACAAGGACAGGCCGAGAUUGCACUGAGAAAGCUGAAAUCGUGUAGUGAGUCAGGCGAGUGGCUGUGCCUGAAAAACCUCCAUUUGGUGACUGCGUGGCUCCCUGUUCUUGAAAAAGAACUCCUGAAACUGACUCCGAAGGACACGUUCCGACUCUGGCUGACUGCUGAAGCUCACACAAAAUUCACGCCGACGCUCCUGCAAAGCAGCAUGAAGGUAACAUACGAAGCCCCUCCAGGUGUGAAAAAGAACCUUGUUCGUUCCUACACGAUGUGGGGACCGGAGUACAUUGCAGCUGGAGGCGGAAACGCUCAGCGAGCUCAGGCGCUGUUUGCCCUGGCAUGGUUCCACGCUGUGGUCCAAGAACGACGAACGUUCAUUCCUCAAGGCUGGACCAAGUUCUACGAAUUCAACUUCGCUGAUCUCAAGGCAGGUGCAGACAUCCUCGACCGGUUGGUGGCGAUGGGAACCUUGCGCUGGGACUACAUGCACGGUCUGAUGGAAAACGCCAUAUACGGUGGCCGCGUGGACAACUCAUUCGAUCUUCGUGUGAUGGUGUCAUACCUCAAAGAGUUCUUCAACGGGGAGGUCAUCUCUGGGUCGUCGAAAGCUCAUCGUCCUCUGGGCCCGAACAUCAACCUGCCGACGUCCGCAGACUUCAAGGAAUACAUCCGCAUCAUCAAGUCAUUCAGUGAAACCGACAAACCCAUCUACUUCGGCCUUCCUGCGAACAUCGACCGUUCGGCACAGCGCAUGAUCAGCGCGAAUGUCAUCAGCCAGCUGAAGGUGCUGAUGAGAUCAAUGCAGGCGACUGACAAGUUCGACCGCGACAAGUGGCAGAAAGAACUGUCACCAGUGCUCAACCUGUGGAAGAAGCUCAACUCAGAGGUCAAUCUGACGAAGCAAAUCACGCGGCAGUCAGCACAUCGAAUGUCCAUCAGCAGCACCAAAGAACCAAUCACCUCUUUCAUCCAGCUCGAACACUUCAACGCGCUGCGUUUGGUACAGGACGUGCAUCGCAGCUUGGCAAACGUCAGCAAAGUGAUCCGUGGCACUAUGCUUCUGUCCCCUGACGUCAAGAAGGUGGCAGAUAGCCUGAUGCGCAACGAAACACCGGGCGCGUGGCAGGCGGUGUGGGAGGGACCAGAAGAUCCCUUCCAGUAUCUGCGCUCCCUGGUCAGUCGCACGCUCGCCUGCAAACGCUGGGUGCAGAAAGCCGAGUCGGGCACCCUGCUCAACGAGCCGCUCGAUCUAUCUGAGCUGUUCCAUCCAGACACCUUCCUGAACGCACUGCGCCAGCAGACUGCGCGCUUGCACAAAACAGCCAUGGACGGAUUAGUGUUUGUCUCGUCCUGGGCGAAGAUCGGAGUCAACUCGAAGAUGCCGGUAAAAUUGACUGGCCUGCAGCUGGAGGGCUGUGCAUUCGAUGGAGCACGACUGACAGAGAGUCGUGCUGAUUCACCUAGUGUCACUAGUGUACCCGUCUGUACAGUGGCUUGGGUGCCUCGUGACGAUGCCGAAGCCAAAGUCCCGACCGAGGUCAUCUCAAUGCCGCUGUACAUGACUCAGGAGCGCGAAAAGGUCGUCGUGUGCCUGGAUGUCCCCUGCGCUGGGGAGACCGGGCGCUGGAUUCAGUCGGGUGCCGCCAUGUUCCUCAAGGAUUAGCUGUCCGACCCGUCACACAGAGCUGGUGUGGGGUGCCGACGUAGGACUUGGCGCCCGCCAGUACGAUUGCCCGUAGAUUUCCUGUGAGGAAGUCAGAUGCACUUGCGAGGAAAGGCCCAUUUACUGGGUAUGGGGAUCGGAGCUGCACCGUCGCCGUCGCAAAAAAGAAUACGUCCGGACUGCCUGAGCUAUGUUUCUUUUCGGUGUGCGACUUACUGUGAUCAGCUUACGGCAAGGUCGCGCGAUUUAUGUGGUUUUCUUAAUACCACAACUAUAUUCUUAGUAGUUCAUGCUUGCCUCGCGUUGUGAUUGUGAAACUGUCAAGUUUAGUGCAUGAACGUGCAGAAAAUGAUGAUUUCGUUAUCAGCCAUAUUCAUGGUGUGUUAUCGAGAAAGUUUAUAGCGUGUUAUUCAGCAUUGAGGAGAAAAUGAUGAUCGUGAUCAACCGAAUGAUCGUGUAUACGAACUAUGUAUGUAGAAGCGAAUAUACUGAAUAGUGAACGUA